AUGGAGGUAAAGGCAGCCACAACGACGUCGUUUCAUUGGUCAGGACGCCAUUCGGCGAUACCUCAAUGUCCGUCUUUCUCGCAAACCCUAACCUCAUCGAAACGCCGUCGUUCUCGUGGAAGAGGCGGAGAUGUAUCCGUCGGAGGUGGAUCUUUAGCAUUCCAGACGAGAUUGAAACCUUCGACGUUUCUCGGAACGCAAUCUGGGAAGCUCCACCGAUCUAAAUCCUGUGAGCUUUGGGAAUUUUCCUCCAAUGCUACAACGAAACAUAAUCCUCUACGGAGAGUUUGCAGCGCGAGCUCCGGUUUCUUCUCCGACGAAGAAUUCUCCGUGAAGAUGCAGGAAUUAGCAUUACAAUUCAAGAUUGCAGGGGAAGAAGAAGAAGGCUUAGAGAGAAACAAAGGAAGUGAAUACCAAUCAGAGAUAAUCCACGAAGCAGUAGAUAACGAUCAUCAUAGGAGUUACGGAUUCGGCAAUGUGAAGCUAUUAGAGGAGUCUGUUCCAGGUUUAGCAUCUCUGGAGGCUCCAUGGAUGGAGAUGGUUAACCAUUCAAGCAUUGAAAGGAAAGCAAACAGUGUUGAUUUGCCUCUCUCCCUUAGGAUAAUAAAGAGGAAGCUUCAAGAAGAGGCUCUCAAAGAAGCUAGUGAAUCUACUUAUUGUUCUAUCAACAAAGCCUUCUCAUCUAUGGUGUUCAUGAUCGAGGAGCUCCAUAGCUUUGCGUUGCAGACUAGGGAAACUAUCUUCUACGAAGACCUACAAGGUGUUGUUAAGCAGGUUAAGAAGGAUAUGCACGCUUCAUUGUUGUGGAUUUUCCAACGCGUGUUCUCUCAAACGCCUACUUUGAUGGUAUAUGUAAUGAUCCUAUUGGCAAACUUCACUCUGCAUUCAGUUGCAUCAAACCUAGCUAUUGCAACACCUCCCCCACACCCUGCUGUGCCAAUAGAAGCAUUACCGGUUACUAAAGGACAAGAUCAGACGCAUCAAAGGUUUGAUUUUUCUUCGCUAACGGAGUCUAGUGUAUCUAGUGGAGGUGGCCGGAGGGAUUUGGGGUCUGUCGCAAGUGGCACAUAUGGUAACGGGUUUAAUGGAUCCAAAUGGUUUGAUUCGAUAACUUUUGACAAGGUCUCCCACUUAUCGACACAACGAGACUCGGUUUCAGGACAAGGGAUAAGAGAAGAGGAGCUGAGUCUGUGGAAGUCAGUAGUGGAAGAAGCAGAUCAAAUGCAUGAUUCCCCUGUCGAUCGUGACAUGAGAUUGACACUUGUUUCACCGAUCAGUGCAAGGAUUGAAUUGGACGAUUAUGCGAAUUACACUAGAACAGAGCUUUUAUAUAAAAUAGGUUUGGCUCAAGAACCGAACAACCCUCUUCUCUUAGCUAACUACGCUCAGUUCCUUUACCUCGUCACUCAAGAUUACGACAGAGCGGAGAAGUGCUUCAAGAAGGCCAUAGAGUCAGAAGAAGUAGACGCCGAAACGUACAGCAAAUACGCCAUCUUCCAGUGGAAAGUUCGGAAGGACCUCUGGGCAGCCGAGGAGAACUUUCUAGAAGCAAUAUCUGCAGACCCUACAAACUCCUUCCACGCCGCCAACUACGCCAACUUCCUCUGGCAAACCGGUGGCGAAGAAACGUGUUUCCCCAUUGAAUCAUCUGAUUCUCCUCAGGAAAUGGUUUGA